AUGGCUGCAUUUUGUGGCAGAUCAGCAGAUUUUCCGUCUGCUCGAUGUAGUAGUUUGGUGUCCGAUUCCGUGUCGGCACAAAAGUUAUCAAGCUGCAAAAGGCAAGAGUCAGCCCGGCACAUCAAUUCACCUUCCAUUUCCGCAGUUGGAAGUACAACCUUGUUCGGUGUCAUUCGUCUCCGCCCAGCAAGACGCUCCAGAAUUGCUAGGCGGUUUGGCAGGCACGGGGACUGGCUUGGAAGCUCACUUCGAGGGGUUAGCAUCGCUGUCCUGUUGCUGGCCUCUGUCCACUUCGCUGAUGUAGGCUCAGCUGGUGCGAGCCAGUUUGAUUUGGAUUAUUCUGUCAAUGCUGGUCCUAUGACACCAGCGGCGACACUAGCGGCGACGACAACAGCGACGGCAGCAGCGACACCAGCGACACCCGCAGCACCAAAGAAUAUCUUCGCCCCGUGGCUGGACAAAUGGGCAGAGGUGAAAGUCGACAGUGACACGGAGAACGAAUACUGGGUAUUGGGCGAGCUGCCUCUUUAUGGCCCGGUUCGCAUUCUCAGGAAAGAGACAUCUGUCCUUGAGGUCAUUGUCAGCGGAUUUCUCGCCGGCUUCGUUGUGGAACUGAGCACUGCGCUCUUGCUUCACCCUUUAGACACGCUCAAAACAAGACUUCAGACUGGCCAGGGCCCGUUUCUCCCAGACCCCGUGCUGUACAAGCGCCUGUAUGAUGGCUUCCUUCCUGUCUUCGCAACUGUUCCAGCACUCUCUGUCUUCUGGGCAGUGAAGGACAUCGUGCGAAGAAGUUUAAUCGGAGUUGUCAAAGCAAGUCUGCCCUUGGCGGUGGCGGAUGUCUUGUCGUCAACUCUGGCAUCUGCAUGUGGUGAGGCUGCAUACGUUGCGGUCAAGACACCUGGACAGGUGUUAAAGAUUGAACAGCAGGCAGCAUUAUUUGAGGAGGACCGUGUGCGGCAGCGCUAUGGUGAUGAAGACAACUCCUACACCAGCAAGAGCUUCAAUUUGAACUUUGUCCGCCUGUGGGAGGAGAGCUUGCGGAACUUUCCAAUCCUUUGUGCUGUGGAUGUCCCGCAGGUGGCUCUGCGGACAGCAGUGUUUGUCACCCUUCAUGACUCGGGCUUGUUUGCUUCGGGUCCUGGUUCCGACAUCCUCAUCUUCACCAUUGCUUCAGCAGUCGCCUCCAUCAUGUGCACACCGCUGGACGUUGCUCGGACUCAACUUGUCCUGGAUGGAGAAGGCAUACAGCUCCUACCGUCCAAGCUAUGGGACAUUCAGGCUCGAGAAGGAGUUGCUGGACUCUUGGCGGGGUGGCUCCCGAGACUACUAUGGAAUGGUUUGGUUGUGGGAGCAGCACUCGGGCUGUGCAGGCUGCAGUACGAAGAUGCCCGUGCACUCUUCUUGGUUGACGUUCUUGAUCGGUUCGAGAACAUCGUGCAGCCAAUGGACUCCAGCUACAUGCAGAUGCAGCACAGGCCCAUGACCAAGCAGCCGGACAUCCCGGACAUCCCGGACAUCCGCAUCAGCUCCCCCAUGCUCAUCCCCACAUACAUCGGCCUGACGCGCACUGUCUGCCUGGCUGGGAUGGUCCAAAGGCUGCUGGCUGCUGCAUACGACGCUGGUCGGCACAUUGUGGCCUCUCAUGUUCGCAAUUGCCUCUUCGAAAGCAACCUUGCGCGGCACACAAUGCAAGUCAGCUCCGCCUCUUCGCAGUGCCCGAAACUCCCGAAGCUUGGUCUCAGCAUCCGCAAACGAGCCAGUUCUGAAGCUCAGACGCAUGUUUGUGUGUUUUCGGCCGGCGGAGACCAUCCUUCCAUAUCCUUCCUGCUACUGCUGAUGCAGGUGCUUCUGACUGCAAUCGAGGUGACGGAUGGGAGUUCAGGCUUGCGCUUAGAGCUGACAUCCGGUUUGUCACUGGCCCUGGCCCCCUACGCGGAACAGGUGGGGAACCGGAUCCAGCUGGAGCAUGCGGAAUAUGUUGCUGUGCUUGGUCAUGUUGUGCUUGUGCAGAUGCUUUCUCCAGAGGCUGGAAGGUGGAAGAGCGCGGCCAUGGCCAUUGCUGUCGAAAGCCGUGGACAUGGGAUUGUGGUGAGCAUUGUGCCCACGAGCAGUGUAAACACAGUCCACGUCUCAGACUGUGCUAUGGGGCACUGGAAGGAGGCCAUCCGGUCGGGACCCGAUCGGCAGGCUUUGGAGCAGGGGCAGUGUCGGGCUGAGUAUGCUGAGGACAGCAAGGAGACGUCCACAGGGCGGAGCGGCGGAGCGGGGGACCCGCCACUGGGCGCCACAUCCGGGCUGGUCGGCGGAUUCUCCGCGGUAGUUCGUGGUGACGCCGCUUUCUCUGAGAUCGACAGCAUGGGCUCCGCGUGGGUUGCGAGGCCGCUUGACCUGUCCACAAUGACACGGGCACAGGCUACAACCGUUGGAGUCCUGAUUGUCGGCUUGAUCUCGAUACUGUGCAUCUGCGGCCGUAGUCAGAGAACCCACUCGAAUGAGCACAAGGACCACUGA